AUGCCCACCUCUCUUCACCUCUUCACCCUGCCGUCUGAGCUGCUGGAGAACGUUUUCCUAUCCUGUGUUUUGCAAAGAAGUCCUCUUUCUAUCGCUGCUCUAGCUCAAACAUGUCGCACCCUCCGAGUCCUUAUCUACGACACUGCCGACAGCCACCUGUGGCGAUCCCUUUGUCUGGUCUAUUUCGACGAUCCGCGUCUGCACCCCGGAUGUUCCACAGUCCACUGGCGCCAUAUGUUCACCGAGCGAGUCUGGGCCGAGAGAUACCUCGAUAGACAUGCACGCCCACUCGAGGUUACCGUCCCCAAACAUAAUCUCAGGUCCACGCGCUCCAUGAUGCUCUCCCUGGACAAACUUGGGCCUCAAGCCGAACCCCACGUCCACAUCCGUCUCCUCACCGCCCUUCUCGACGCCGUGCAGACCAUCGCCCCUGCUCCGGGGAUACGCGUCACCUCUAGCCCAUCCUCGACUCCCCUGUUUGAUAGCCCACUCGCCCUCCGGCACGCAGACACCCCCAUCCUCCCUCCCUCGUGCCAUAUUCCCCCAAACAUCGAAUCCCGCAAUGUUGCUUGGCUGCAGGGCGUCCUCACACACGGGCUGCCCAUAUCACUUACCCGCAUCAUCGCCUGGGAGGACCUCGCUCCGAGCUGGAAGAACCACGCCGAGGGUCCGCUCCUCUGCGAGCUCAUCGCCCGCCUCGGGUUCCUCCCCAUCCCGCUCAACCAAGUGUCUGCGGCCCCCGAACACCGCUCUCCACCUUCGUCACCGACCGCGCGCUCGAAGCCGCAGGGCAUGAUCGAUCUCAGCGAGGAGAUGCAGCGGCGAGUCGCGCACGAAGGAGGACGCCCGCUCGCGUUUUCCAUGCGCUUCCUAUCGCGCCAGCGAGCGUGGGGCCCGUUCUUGAGGGUCGAUAUGCUCGCGAAGGCUGCUGCGCCGACGGACGAUGCAGAAGAGGAGAUGGAAGGAGACGAUGAGGACGACGAAGACGCCGACUACGUACCCCCGGACGACCCAUCGGACUCAGACGCGACGCCUGGGACCGCGACCCAUCCCGUUGCAGCCACCCCGGGUGCGCCAUCGUCGACGAACACGCUGCCCGAUCCGGGGAAGCUCUUCCCGGACUGGACCUGGAUCGCGGCCAGCCGGGUGGUGGCGGAGUGGAAGCUGUUCGAGAACAUCAAGCCCGCCGACCUGCCGCAACUGUACGACUGGAACAACUUGCGUGCGGGGGCCUGGAUCGCACCCCGUCCGCCGUCUGGGGAAGGGAACACAGUCGAGUACCCUGCUGGAGAAGAGUGGAAGGCGCAUCAGUGGGACUGGGCGGGAGUCGAGGGCGUUUGGAGACGGCUUGUGUGCUGGCUGGACUACGACGAAUUGAUAUAUAACAACCGAUGGGGCUCCUUCGUUGACGAGAACUUGGACGAGGCCUGGAUCAUUGUGCCCAUGUCCGUCCGCAUCACCGGCUACGAGCCGCCCUCGCUCCCAAAGGAAUACCCAAACCGUCCCACAAUCCUUUUCGAAGGUGAGAUGGGCGGCGGCGUGGGCUGGGUGGGCACUGUCUCGCCUCUUACAGACUACUUCCGCCGGGUGCGCGGGCGUGUGAGCAUGCUGCCCGACGGUCGCGUCUGGUACUCUUCCGUGUCGUCGGCGCUUGGGAGAACUGCCGACGAACGGGUGAGCGAAGUGAUCCAGCUCGGUCCAGUCGGGUCUGCGAUGGGAGCGUUGGGGUUGUGGACAGACGCGCAGCAUGAAGUUGAAGAUCCGCUGGGUGUGGUGUGGCAAUGGCGGGUCGCGUAA